UAAUUAAUGGGAAUAAUGUAAACAAAUCGUGACCGGAAGAAUGUAAUUUCAACACGAAUAAGAAAUAAGACGAUCAUAACCAAAAAUAAACAAUUAUUUUCAAAUAUACAUUAACAAGAUAUUUAUUAUAUUACAAUACAUUUUAUAAAUCUUCCAAAGUGAAACAAAAACUUAAAUAUAAUGACUGUUGGAUGGGAAACUUUAGAUGUUGGAGAACAGGCAUUAGUUUAUAACCAUGAAGGCGAGGCCAGAAUUGAAGAGGGGCCAAAGAGGUUAUUUUUAUGGAGAGAAAGAUUUCAGAUACUAAAGAGGACUGCAGUGAACCAGAAUUCCUAUGUAAUUGUGAGGUACAAUGAUGGUCAAGUGGAACAUUUGAAAGGACCAUGUGUUAUUUAUGAGAAUCCACUUCACCAAAAGUUUGUUAAGGCCUACCCAAUGGAAUCACUUGACGCAAAUGAAGCUUUAGUUGUCUAUAAACAAGAUAAGGAGACCAACAAAGUCACUAGAUAUGUACAGUUUGGACCAACCUUAUUCAUGCCAAAAGAAAGUGAAUGGCUACAUGAAUUUUGCUGGCAUGGAGUAGAUCCAGACAACAAAACCAGUAUGAUUCCAAACAGUAACAGAUUCUCAAGACUGAAAAUUAUUCCAGACCAGUUUUAUUAUAAUGUUGAUGAAGUGAGAACAGCUGAUGAUGCUGCUAUCAGAGUCAAGUUAAUGGUGUUUUAUGAACUCAAAGAUAUAGAUACCAUGCUAAAUGCCACCAAAGAUCCAUUUUCAGACUUUAUAAACUGUGUCUGUGCAGAUAUUAUAGCUUAUUCUUCUAAAUACACGUAUAUAGAAUUCAUGGAAAAGUCUUCAGCAUUAAAUGAUCUAUCUAACUACCCACAGUUAUUAGACCGUAGUAAACAGAUUGGAUAUGAGAUCUCUAAAGUUGUCUAUCGAGGAUUCCAUACACAUGACAAAUUACAGAAACUUCAUGAUAGUGCUGUCAAAACAAGGACUAAUCUAAAAAUAGCUUAUGAAAAGGAAGAACAAGAACAAGAAAUGACUGACAUGAAAUUAAAGAAUGAAAAAGACAGAAUACAAUUAGAACACAAAUUGGAAGAAGAAAAUUUAUCACACAAACAAGAGUUGGAAAAAGAUAGAGUGAGACAUAAACUGAUGAUGGAACUUAAACAAGAGAAGAAUGUUAGAGAUGUUUGGAUUCAGGAAAAUACAGCAUCAUUAGAGGGUAAGAAGCUACAAGAUGCUCAGACACUGAAGUACUACACAAAUUUACAUGACCUAGGUGUUGACCUCAAUGGCUACAUACAGGCUAAAGCUCAACGUCCACAGAAAAUCAUCAAAGUAGUUGCAGAUAAAGAUUCAGCUAACUUUCAUCUUCAUCAUACCUAAUUGUAUUGAAAGUUGAUGUUUUCAUUUUAUAACCCACUUAAGGAGUGGACUGUAUUGCAUUCACUUUGUCCAACUGCUUGUCCAUCUUUUCAUCUGUUUGUUCAUCUGAAAACCAUUUUCCUCACUUUUUUUCAUGUAUUACUCAGCAGAAUGAUUUGAAAUUUAUAUGUUUCUUUUAAAUUUAAUUUUAUCAAACAUUACAUAUAAAACUACCAUUUUGGUCAGAUUAGACAUGAUUGUGAAAUCAUAAUAACACAUCAAGUUAAAUUUCUGCAAUAACGAGGCUGUCUUAUAUUAUCCUUUUCACAAAAAGUUAUAAAGAAUGAUAUGGAAAAGAUUCAAGGUUUUUUGCUGUUUUUGCAAUUUUAGGGGUCAGUAAGGGUUCCUAUUAAUUGUAGUGAUAUUAUUUCCUCGUUUUGUAAUCUACAAAAUGUAUCUAAAACAAAUCUAUUAUAUUUACUCUAACAAAUAUUACACGUUUAUGUUUUUGUAUUUUAUGUUGUCAGUCAGGUUGUUUGUAUUGUCAACUUCUAUUGAGGUCACUCUUAUAUGUUUUUUUUAUUUCUCAUACAUACUGUGAUAUAUAUACACUGAAUCUUUUAUGACAUACUUUUAAAUCAUUAAGAGAUGAUAUUUUUUUAAUGUAAUCUUUAAUGAAAGGUAAUUAGCACACCUGGUCUAAAUAUAAGGUAAAAAAAAUGACUGGCUUUUGAUUACCCAGCCUCAAGUGUCUAGUGAUAUUUUGAAUAAUAGAAGUAAGUACUGUUUUUACUGCUUAAGCUUUAGAAAUGAAGACUGUGCUUUUAUUAAUUCAAGAUCUUACUUUUGCACUAAGUCUUUAUUUGCAUUGCACAAUCAAACAAGUCAUAUAUUUGUUUACAUACAGUUAACUCUUGUUGUCUUGAACUCGGUUGACUCGAAAUUUCGGAUGGGUCGAAGUUUUCUCGUGGUCACGAACUUUGUUCCAUAUAAAUAUAUGUAUUUCGACUCCUGAUGAGUCGAAAUUGGAUGAGUCGAAAUUUCAGUUGAGUCGAACUGAAUUUACGGUCCCAAGGUUAACAAAAGCAAAAUCAUACACCUGUAAUUAAAUUUCCGGUCACUGAACACUGUAUUGAUUUAUGACAAGCUAUUUCCACAAGUGUUUACCUAAGAUUAUCUUGUAUCACAAUGAUAAAUAAUUAGUGAUGCAUUGUUAAAGUUUAUGAGCAAUUAUCUUAAGAGGGUUUGUUAGGCAUCCUGUAUAAUCCAACUAUGCCUAAUGGUUAACUUAUUAUUUGUUUCAUUUAUCAACAAGGGUUAACUCAGAAAUAACAAUACCUAUUAUUGUACUACCACAAGGGACUCAUUGGAGAUAUAUAGUCGAGCCUUAAUAGAAUUUGUUUAUGACUGAAAGCAGUUAGACUCAAUAUAUUUUGGCAUAUCCCUUGCAAGUUACUACGCAACAAGAUAGUCCUAUAUCUAUUGAGAUGAUCUGUUUGCUGAAGCUGAUGACAUCAAGUAAAAUGCCUAACCCUCAAUCUAACUGAUACCCCCUAUCUUAUUUAUAUAUUUUAUUUGCCUCUUUAAAUAUGAUUCUUUUUUCAGAAUUCCAUAUAAUAUAUUCAAGUUAGAAUAAUGAAUAGAAAUUUCUUUGUAUAAUGAUCCAUCAGCAUUUGUCUUCUCAGGGAUAGUUGCCCCCAUUCCAUCACUCAUCCUUAACCCUUACCAUGCUGAGCCCGUCAUAUGACGGGAUGACCCAGACCACCGUUAUUUGGCUCUAAUGGCUCUCCAUACUUUUAGAGGUCAACUUUAUGAUACUAUUUCGAAAUUGAUGCAUGUUCCCUCAACCUGAGGCUAUCUAUUGUCAUGUUUCUCAAGUUUAAGUAGCAUUUUGAGCUCAAAUAAGAACUUGGAAAAUUGAAAUCGGAUAAAACUGGUUUUUCUGGAGGGGUGGGCUUCCCUUCUGUGUCUUACACAGGACGUUCAGAGGCCUAAAACUUUCAAAAAUAGUGUAAACCCGCAGGCAUAUAUCUACUGAUCAUAAUUAUUAUUGAAAUACGCAGAGGAAACGACUACUUCCGGUUUCAGGUCCAGUUGAAGUCCAAAAUCGGAAAAAAUCGUGAAAUUCCGUAUUUUUUGUCCAAAUGACCUUCUUAAGACUGGUGUUCCCAGAUCAGUUUCACUCCAACCUAAGAACUGUUUGGGUUAUGUGUUUACUGUGGUCCACUGUACAUGCAGACUACAGCUGGAUACCUAUAUCAGCAUCCCUCGGUCUUUGGGGUCAAGAAAUAGGACGAAAAAUCGUCAAAAAUGACGCUUUUUGCACCUGAUGACCAACUUUGGGGCAAAUGCCCGCCCACCCACACCCACCUCCUCACCCCAACCACCCCGCCCCGUGAUCCCCUAUCUUAGAUUAAAAGAAAUCAAUAUGCCUCAGCAUCAGGGUAAAGCUCAUUUGCAUAUAAUUUGCGAAUAAACGAAAACAAGACUUUUUCUGAAAACAAUUCAGCAUGGUAAGUGUUAACAUAUAGGCACUGGCUACGGUUACAUGGAAAUGUAACAAUAAUAUAAAAAUUAUUGUUACAUUGGAGACUAAUUGCCGGAAUGCAGGGUUGGGUAAGGAACCGAUUAAUUACGAAUGUAACAAUAAUAUUUGGGUCUACGGUUACAUUGCGUUAUUGUUGCAUUAACGCACUGCAAUGUACAAUGGGAAUAGUAAUAAAUAUGUAUUAAAAUAAAACUUGAAAACUUUUAUCUGAUAUUUACAAUAUUGCAUACAAUAUUUUGAUUUUUUAUUUACAAUGACAGUUUCUACAAAUCCAGUAUGUUGUUUUUGGAGCAUGUUUUAGUCCGACGCAUUUUCGGUGAAACCACUCUAAGCAGCCAUCACAAACCAGUGAUACGGCAAUGUGCACGCUCUAUAUUGCAUACCGUACAAUUCCAUUCUGCAUUUUCCCUUUAUGAAGUUUAAGAAACUUUCAAUGUCUGAAUGCCAUGCUUCAGGUGAAAAAUAUUUUGUUUCUCUUGCGAUGUUUACAUUUUCGUCCAAUUUUUUUUUUAGAAGCAUGUUAGGUUGUUUAAAUACAAGUCAAUUGUGAAAGCAAUUAAUGUUGACAUUUGCCGACAGAUUGAAAUUGGUGGAAACAGUGGUUUCAUUUUCAGAGUCCAGAUAUUUUGUGAUCUUAUCAGUCGUGACAGUACAUGCUCUAUUGAACAGUUCAUUAAGUAUUCAUCAAUAGUGAUAUUGAACUAAACUGUAGUAGUCAUGAUUUUUAACAACACCAAAACAAUCAAUACUUAUUCGCUGAAUAAUAUUAUUAUUAUUAAUAUUAUCUAGUACAUAUCGAAGAAUUAAGCAACAUAACUAUAGAAGGUUUAAGUUUAAUAAAUCUAUCAUACAUUGCAGUCUUUAAUGUAACAAUAACGUAAUGUAACCGUAGACCCAAAUAUUAUUGUUACAUUCGUAAUUAAUCGGUUCCUUACCCAACCCUGCAUUCUGGCAAUUAGUCUCCAAUGUAACAAUAAUUUUUAUAUUAUUGUUACAUUUCCAUGUAACCGUAGCCAGUGCCUAACAUAUACCGCGGUAAUUAGAUAUCAUUAAACUUUCACAGAAUCUUAAAUACCUAACAUCAUUAUGAAGCUUCUUUUUUAAUAUUUUGGUGAAAAGAUUUAUAGGUCAAUGUGACUGUGUCCAAUAGAAAAUAAUUUAAAUUUUUGGGACACAUUAGUGCGCUCACAAGGCAAUUUUCCAUAUAAUUAAUAUUUCCAAGAGGCAUAACUCUUUAAAAAAUUAUUGAUAAGCACUGAUUUUCAAAUUUGUCCAAGACAUUGCUGAUUUAAAUCUUUGAUUUAAGUUUCAUAAAAUUCUGGCAAGAAUUGUACAUAUGAGAGCGCUUACAAUGCAAAUCUGCAUAUAAUUUAUAUUUCCAAGGGGCAUAACUCUUUUAAAGAUAAUUGAUCGGCACUGAUUUUCGAAAUUGUCCAAGACAUUGCUGAUAUAAACCUAAGAUAUAAGUUUCAUAAAAAUCUGGCAAGAAUUGUACAUGUGAGAGUGCUAACAAGAGCGGACAGACGGACACCCGGACACCUGGUAAUUUCAUGUCCCCUGCAAAGUGUUGCACGGGGGACAAUAAAUCAAUUAAGACAAUUAAUUACAAUAAAAUAUCAUUAUUUGUAAAAUAGAUAAGAAUAUCAACAUCAUAUCGACAUAUAAACUUUGUUUCAAAAUUGUUGUCAACUAUAUUGUUGUAAGAUGUGUUCAAAAAUAAGUACCCAUGUAAAAUUCUUGCCAGAUUUUUAUGAAAUUUAUAUUAUAGGUUUAUAUCAUCAAUGUACUUGAAGAGUUCAAAAAUCAGUGUGGAACAAUUAUUUUUAAGAGUUAUGCCCCUUGAAAAUAUUGAUUAUAUGGAAAAUUGCAAUGUUAACGCUCUCGUGUGUUCAAUUCUUGCCAGAAUUUUAUGAAACUUAUAUCAUAGGUUUAUAUCAGCAAUGUCUUUGACACUUUCAAAAAUAAGUUCUGAUCAAAUAUUUUUAACAAGUUAUGCCCUUGGAAAUAUAUAUUAUAAUGGAAAUCACAUUGCUUUUGCUCUGAAGCCUUCAUUUCACUUAAGAUAUUAAUAAAAAGUUUUAAAGAACCAAAAAAAAAGUGCAUUUUUAGUUAUUGCCCUUGUACCUUUGAUAGAUAAAAUAUGUGCUAUGUGGGAGACAUUGGAACCCUGUUCUUUUAUUUUUAUUGUAAUAAUUUUUUUUCCAACUCUUAAUUACCUGUUAUAUGCUCUUAUCACCAAUCUAACUGUGCAAUAUCCUUUUUCUAGCUGUGUACAUUUGAGAUAAUACCAAAUUAAAUAUUAAGUAAAAAAUUAAAAAAACAAUGAUCUUAUUUCUUUCAUCAGUCGGAGCCAUAUUGAACAUUGUUUAAUAAUAAUAUUAAGCAGUGACUAAUAUCAUCAUUUAAAGUUACAUUAUUAAAAGUUGAAUAAUCUUACAUACAAAAUGCAACAGGGAGAAGGAAAAAGUUGCAAACAUAGUUAAAGUGCAAUAAUUGAUUCCUCAGUUGUAGCAUUUGCUUUACAUCAUUUAUAAUAAACUGAUUCCUUAUUCAUUUAGAUACCGAAUAGUUUACAUUCAUUCUGAACAAAGAAGGAGAAGGUUUACUAAUGGUUAAAAUUGAUAUUAUGAUUUAAUAUUUUGUCAACUGGCCAAAACAGUACAAAUUUCACAUAGAACUAGUUGUGAUAUAACUUAAAAUACAAAAUAACUUAUUUAAGGAAUGACUGUAAUAUUUUUUCUGUCUAUGAAGAAAUAACAUAAAAAAUGUGGUGCACACUGAAUAACCGGUGUAGAGGGUUAUAUAAAAGUGUGCACCACAGUUUUCAUGUUAUUUCGAAUAGACAGAAAAAAUAUUACAGCCAUUCCUAAUAAUUUAAAUCUAAAAAGGAGUAUAUCAUUAUAAAAUCGUUGAUAACUUCAUGGUCACAUGACAAAAUUAUGUCUAUGGGCUGAUAGACAAAACACUUUCAGCCAAUCAGAAGACGUGUUACAUCCAAAAUUAAAUUAUUUUUGGAUAAUCACAUUAUGAAUUACAAAGCAAUGACCCUUAAUUAUGCAUUAUUUGUGUUGUUUUGGGUUUUUGGUCGGAUUUCACCAUAAUUCAUAACAGUUUUUAGCAUAGUUUACUCUGCCUUCACCCUUGCUCACACAAACUGUUAUGUCUAGAAAAUCAAUAUAAACAUGGGAAACUUUGGGUUACAGAAUAUCUUGGAUAACAGAUUGUAGCCAUUGUUUUCCUGAAGCUUUUAGGUCUGAAAAAUGCACAAAAUCAUUGUAUUUUGACAAAAUCUUCAAAAUGUGCUGACUUUGCAGCCUAUUGAAGUACUCUUAUUAAGAUAUUUGUUUGAGCAUUAAGGAGGGUGGUAAAGAUGGGUGCUUGCAUGGAAAAAAUGUUGAACUUGAAAUAAUUUCUGUCAUGAACAUUGCACGAAAAAUAAAGACUUUGGUGUGAACCUUUUGUGACAUUGUCUUCCCUCUGUGUACAUGUUUUACUUGGUAUUCCCUAUUUAGUAUACACAUUUAUGGUGUAAAUGAUUCAUGGCCUUUUAAAAAGUAUAUAACGAUCUUCUUAACUUUUAAACAGCAUUAAAGUCCUUUCCGCUUUAUCAAAAAACAAAAAAGAAUCCAUUUUUUCUUGACCAUCCCCGCGAAGUGUUUGAAUAUUAUUUGAAAAAUACAGAGCAUGCAAAGUUAGCAUGUAAAAAUCACAAUGCACAUAAAAUUAAACAAGCAGAACAUGUUUAACGAGGCAGCUGUCUUGCAAGACUGAACGUCUAAUAAAAAAAUAAAAACAUGUUGAACAUGAAAUAAAAAGCGGGAUCACAUUGCACGAAAAAUAACCCUUUACCACCCUCAUUGAGGGUUUUGAAAUGGAUCUAUUUAAGAAUCAAAUUGUGUUCCUUUUGAUAGUUUUGAUAUUUUUUAUAAUGUUGAUAUUUAAGGGCAUAUUUUACCAAAAGUGAACUUUGUCCUUUUCAAGGACAUAGAGGAUAGAAGAGAUUAACUGUUUACAAAUGAAAAUAGGUUCUGUUUUCAUACGACCGCAAAAAAAUUUUUGUGGUCGUAUAUUGGUAUGACGUUGUCGUCGUCGUCGUCCGAAGACACAUUAGUUUUCGCACUCUAACUUUAGUUUAAGUGAAUGGAUCUCAAUGAAAUUUUACCAUAAAGUUCAAUACCACAAAAGGAAGGUGGGGAUUGAUUUUGGGGGUUAUGGUACCAACAGUUAAGGAAUUAGGGGGCCAAAAAGGGGCCAAAAAUAAGCAUUUUUGUAAUUUCCAGACAUAACUUGUGUGUAAGUGUAUGGAUCUCUCUGACAUUGUACCACAAGGUUCCAUAUUACAAAGGGAAUGGUGGGAUUGAUUUUGGGGGUAAUUUCCUCCAAAUUUUAGGAAUUAGGGGACAAAAAGGGACAAAAAAACAAGCAUUUUUCUAGUUUCAUGACAAUAACUUGUGUGUAAGUGUAUGGAUCUUUAUGAAAUUGUACAACAAGGUUCCAUAUCACAAAGGGAAAGCUGGAAUGGAGUUUGGAGGUAAUUGCCCAAAAAGUUUAGGAACAAGGGGCCAAAAAGAGGCCAAAAAUAAGCAUUUUUCUAGUUUCCAGACAAUAACUUGUGUUCAAGUGUAUGGAUCUCUCUGAAAUUGUACUGCAAGGUACCAUACCACAAAGGGAAGGCUGGGAUUGAUUUUGGGGGUAAUUCCCUCAAAUUUAUAGUAAUUAGGUCCAUAAAAGGGCAAAAAACCAAGCAUUUUUCUAGUUUCAGGACAAUAACUUGUGUGUAAGUUUAUGGAUCUUUAUGAAAUUGUACUGCAAGGUUCCAUAUCACAAAGGGAAAGCUGGGUUUGAGUUUGGGGUAAUUGCCCUAAACGUUUAGGAAUUUGGGGCAAAAAGGGGCAAAAAAACAAGCAUUUUUCUAGUUUCCAGACAAUAACUUGUGUUCAAGUGUAUGGAUCUCUCUGAAAUUGUACUGCAAGGUACCAUACCACAAAGGGAAGGCUGGGAUUGAGUUUGGAGGUGAUGAAUCAUAAGGGGGUUCAAAAAAUUGGGGGGGGGGGAUUUUUUUUUCCAUUUUUUUCUUUAAAAUUUUCCAUUUUAAAUUGGUUAUUUCUGAUUUAUAUAUAAAAGCAAAUAAUAAUGAUAUGGUUUGAUUAGGUAAAUUAAAAAUUUUUAAGUUCUUAGACCACUUUCAUUCUGUGUCAGAAACCUAUGCUGUGUCAAAUAUUUAAUUACAAUCCAAAUUCAGUGCUGUAUCAAGCUUGAAUGUUGUGUCCAUACUUGCCCCAACUGUUCAGGGUUCGACCUCUGCGGUCGUAUCAAGCUGCGCCCCAGCGGAGCAUUUUAUUAUAAGACUGCUAAAAAUUUUGGGGAUCGUAUAAUGCUAUCAUGUCAUUGUCGGUGUCAUCGUCCGAGACAUUUGGUUUCCGGACAAUUACUGAAGUUGCAGUGUAUGGAUCUUUUUGAAAUUUAAGCAAAAGGUUCAAUACCACAAAAGAAAGGUUGGGAAUGAUUUUGGGUGUGAUGGUCCCAACCGUUUAGAAAUAAGGGGCCAAAAAAGGGGCCCAAAACAAGAAUUUUUCUAGUUUCAGGACAAUAACUUGUGUAUAAGUAUUUUGAUUGCUCUGAAAUUGUACCACAAGGUUCAAUACCACAAGUCGAAGGUUGGGAUUCAUUUUGGGGGUAAUUGCCCAAACUGUUCAGGAAUAAAGGGCCAAAAAGGGUCUAAAACAAACAUUUUUCUAGUUUUUAACCGGAUUUUCAAAGGAAAAUAUCGGUUUUUGAUUUGGGGAUGUACGGCGGCCGGCUGCCAAACAGUGUCUCUUUAAUAACACGAAAACGCUGUGAUGAUUUUUUCUCAAAUUUAAAUAUGUUGUUUCUUGUGACUAUAUGAAGGUGACUUAGGUCAAGUUCAAUUUUCAGUAUUUUAGUAUUUCUCCUUUAUGAGUUAUCGCUAUUUUUAAUAUCCAAAAGUGGUAUUUUAGAAUAUUUUUCUCUUGUUAUCACAUUAUGACAAAGCAUAUGGUAAAUGUCUUUUCUCACAAUUAUAAUUGGAGUGACAAAUUUAUUUGAAAAUUUUCUAUUUCCUAAGUGGUGAUGAUUAUAAGCUAUAUUAUUAGACAUUUUGAAGUUAAUUACAGUACUUAUUAUUAUAUAUGUAAUGUUUAGAGUACUAUGUUAAACCAUUGUUCUGUUCAAAGGGAAAUAACCCUUCAAAUUUGCAAGUAUGAUUUUCAUUAUUAAUUAGAUCUGGGAAAUAUCUUAGCAUAUGAUAAUAAUUGGAGUGACAGAUUUUUUUGAACAUUUUCUGUUUCCUGAUUAGAUCUGUAGGACUGUAUAUAUAAAGUUUGAAAUUUACUAGUAGGACUGUAUAAAUGAAGUUUGAAAUUUACUGUUCAUUAUUAGACACUUUGAAGAUAAUUACAGAUAAGUUUUAUAGGUUUUUAAGAGAUAGACAUUUUGAAGUUAAUUACAUUACUAAUAAUUAUAUAUGUAAUAUUAGAGUACUAUGUUAAACCAUAGUUCUGUUCAAAGGGAAAUAACCCUUCAGAUUUGCAAGUAUGAUUUUCACUAUUAAUUUUUCUUUUCUUUGGUGAACUGUUUGAAGAAUUUUAUGGUGUGUUUGUUAUUCUGUAAAAACUAAUUUUCUGAGUGAUAUAUGCAUAUAAUUAUUUUGUUGUGUCUGUUAAUUUUGAUUUUUACUUGAUCUUGUUUGGGGUUCCAGAUUUGAAAAUUCAUUAGAUAAUAAUCUAUUAUUUAUAAGUUUAAAAGUUUAAAUUAAGAUAAGAUAAGUUGCAGAUCUAUAUUAGUAUGUUACAAAUGAAAGAAAAAAUAUUGGGAACUAUCAACUAUAUAUAUAAAGUUUGAUUACACUAAGUGAUAAGAUAACACAAAUCUGGUAAUUGUCAAUGCAAUCACCCAAUUAUAAUUGGAGUGACAGAUUUAUUACAAAACUAUUAAUUAUAUUUGAUUAUAAUUUGAAAAUAAAUAUAACUUCAUUUCUCUUUA